AUGUACAUCAUUGGGAAACAUAAAUCAAAAGUCCUUACAUGGGUAAAAGCUAAGAAAAUAUUCACAAGACGAUAUGUGUUUAUCCCUAUUGUUUAUUGGGGACAUUGGAGCCUCCUUGUGUUGUGUAAUUUUGGUGACACAAACUACUUGGGUACUCCAAAGGGGCCACGCAUGCUAUUGUUGGAUUCACUUACAACAACACAACCAAAGAGGUUGCCGUCGGUCAUCAACAGCUUCAUUACUGAUAUUCUAAAAACAGAAGAGCGGGAAGACAUAGGGCAGUUCACAAAUCAAGUCCAGCUUGAGUUUCCUGAGGUUCCCCAGCAAAGUGGAAGUGAUUGUGGUAUAUAUGUUCUUUACUUUAUAUACUGUUUCCUCAAAAUCGAGAAAAUGGGAGAAGAUUUGAGCCAGCUGGGUGCCUUAUUCGACCCAGAGGUACUACAGAACCUGGAGGACAUCCGCAAGGCUAUUCUUUUAUACCAACAGAAACAGGAUGGCACAAUUACAAAGUAG